UAUUCUGAUGUUUUUCAUCAAAGUACGGAAGCUGUCGUCGCGUUUUAAACAAAUUACCAACUGUGAGAUGCGCAUGUGCGAUGUAUGUACUGCCAAUCAUUUUCAUGAACACAAUCUUGCUCCUCAAAAAGCACACGCGCACACUUUGCGCCUCAAACGACGACACUGACUUUGCAGUGACAACAUCACGACAAUGAUGCAAUUGUAUCAAAUAUUAUUUUCGACAAUGUUGCCUAUUUUGGCAACAGCAUUACCAUUACAAACAAUGACCAGCGACAAUGUCGCUAUGAAGAAAGCAAACAUAAUGAAAGAACUCGACGCUGUGCAAUACCUUGUACGAUUUGGACAUUUAAACGGAGACAAAAUGAGUGAAAUAAGAAAAAAUCGACGUUCUCAUUCAUCGCCACCUACACGACGAAUUUCAACUGAAAUAGGAGAGAACAGCUUACAUCCAUUUACUAAAGAAGAAAUAAAAAAUGCAUUGAAAAGUCUUCAAAAUUCACUAAAUCUAGAAAUAUCAGGAGAGCUUAAUGAAGAAACAUUGAAAGCGAUAAAAAGUCCACGCUGUGGGGUACCAGAUAUAACGAAACAUUCUCAAAAUUCAUUAGGAAUGACGAUAGUAUCAAGAAUGAAACGAUAUUCCAUUUCUCGUAGACGGUGGACGAAGAAAUACGUAACAUGGAAAAUUACUAGAUAUCGCCAUAAUAUAGCAAUACAAACACAAAUUAUGACUUUUGAAAAAGCUUUUCACCAAUGGGAAGCUGUAUCACCCCUUAUCUUCAAGAGAUCGACAAGCAACUAUGCUGAUAUUCUCAUUCAGUUUGCUCCAACUUAUCAUGGCGAUGGAUUCAAUUUUGAUGGUCAAGGUGGAGUUCUUGCACAUACAUUUUUACCUGGAAUUAAACGUAUAAAUGGCGACAUUCACAUGGAUAAUGCAGAAAAAUGGAAUGUUGACUAUGAUAUAUUUGUUGUUGCCCUUCACGAGAUAGGUCAUAGCAUUGGUCUUUAUCAUUCUAAGUACUAUAACUCGGUCAUGUACGCUCAGUAUAAUAAAGCAAGCAAAUUACUUAAAUUGGAUGAUCGCAUGGGUGUUGAGGCAUUAUACGGCAGAUGUGCCACGGUUGUAGACAGCGCUUUAUACAUUUGGGCUGAAUUGUACCUGUUCAGAAAAGAUAUGGUUUGGAAAGUGGAUGAAUUUAGUAUGGAUAACUAUGUAAGUCAAGGCUAUCCGAAGAAAAUUAAGGAGGAAUUCAAUGGACUAGUACCUGAUAAUCUUGACUCUACAGUGAAAUGGUCCGAUUAUUAUUUAUAUUUUCUUAAAGGAUCACAAUCCUGGGGUUAUAGCCGUUGGGACAAAAAAAUUGGCUACUAUGAUACUGUGUCAAACCAUUGGCCUGGAAUCCCCAAUAAUCCGGAUGCAAGCGUGUGCUUAAUGAUUUAUCGAGGUGAAUGGGGAAUAUCAUGGUUUUUCAAAGACGAUCUAUGUUAUAAGAUGUUAGAUGAAUAUCUUACUGUUGAGCCAGGCUAUCCAAAGAAAAUAAGUGAAGUCUGGCGUGGUCUUCCAAACAACAUUGAUGGUGGAUAUUAUUCAUUGGUCUUUAAUCAAACGUAUUUCUUUAAAGGAACCGAAUACUGGGUAAUGGACAACUCGAAAUACGCAAAGGAGCCAUUCGUAGUUAUUCCAGGAGGACAAAGUAAUUGGCAUUGGAGAGGUGUUUGUUCAGAAAAAUACUAAAACAAUUACUGCAAGCACAAAAAAGUCCAAAGUAUUAUACCACAAAAUCCCACCAAUAACGAGACAGCUUCAUUAAAAUUAUAGAAACAUUUCAAUACGAGCUUCAAAAAUGAAUCAUUUGAACUAGAUGAAAUCUUGAAUAAAGUUUACAAUGUUGCUCGA